GGUGGCGAGAAGGAAAUGCUAGUUCUGGGUCAAGAAGCCAGUGUCUUUGAACCCUGUGGUGGACUUCUGCAAGGAGGCUGCAUGGUACACUGAUCCAAGGAAACAUGUUCAGAGCGGCGUGCAAGUAAAAAAGUGCCUGGCGGUUCUAAGAGUAUGCACCCAGCUUGUGUCUGGAAUGGAUCCCAGAGAGAUGGAUUUCUAUGAGGAUUACCAGUCACCAUUUGAUUUUGACGCAGGCGUGAACAAAAACUAUCUCUACCUGUCGCCGAGUGGAAAUUUCUCUCCACCAGAAUCGCCUACGUUUCAGAAAUUGGGUCUGCUGAGAACAGAGCCAGUACCUGAGGAAGGAGAAGAUGCUGUAGCUACCAUCAAUACAACAGAAACCCUAACAGAGGAAGAACAAGAGAAGCUAAGAAGAGAACUUGCAAAGGCAAAAGAAGAAAUCCAGACUCUGUCUCAAGUGUUAGCAGCAAAAGAGAAGCAUCUAGCAGAGAUCAAGCGGAAACUGGGCAUCGGUUCUCUCCAGGAACUGAAACAGAAUAUUGCCAGAGGCUGGCAGGAUGUUACAGCUACGUCUGCAUACAAGAGAACAUCUGAAACCUUAUCGCAAGCUGGACAGAAGGCUACAGCCGCUUUUACAUCUGUUGGAUCAGUAAUCACCAAAAAGCUGGAAGACGUUAAGAACUCCCCAACUUUCAAAUCAUUUGAAGAAAAAGUUGAAAACUUAAAGAGCUCUUCAAAAAGCGUGGAAUCCUUCGCAUCUAUGCUGAGACAUUCUCCUCUUACACAAAUGGGCCCUGCCAAGGAUAAACUGGUCAUUGGACAAAUCUUUCAUAUCGUGGAAAACGACCUUUAUAUAGAUUUUGGUGGCAAGUUUCACUGUGUGUGUAAAAGACCAGAAGUGGAUGGAGAGAAGUACCAGAAGGGAAGCAGAGUUCGUCUGCGGCUGUUGGACCUUGAACUCACAUCAAGGUUUCUGGGAGCCACAACAGACACCACUCUAUUAGAAGCGGAUGCAGUUCUGUUAGGACUCCAGGACAGCAACUCAAAGUCAAAAGAGGAACAUCGCGAAAAAAUAAAUGAACUUUGCUCAGAUAACCUACUCUUUUGUAGUUGAAUCAAAUUCUUCAAGAAUUCAACUAGGAAAUUGCAAAGAAGUGAUUGAAAGAAGAUGUACGUGAAGGAUACCAUCACAGCUCUUUGUUAGAUUUCUUAUUAGCUAUAUCUUCCUUUCCUCCCCUUUUUAUACCCAUUCUUACCAUGGAUUGAGAUGGCCCUAACUGUACUGAGGAAAUGUUUCAUUCCAUAAAGGUUUGGAUGUUCUCACCUGAAUAUCAGAGAAACAGCAAUAAAUAUCAUAAACAAAA